AUGGAGUCCGAACAACGCAAUGUACGAUAUGUAGUGUCCGGCGGCCGCUACCGGGACAUUGGAGGAACAAUUGUCCGCACUUCUAGAACACUGGCGAUUCGCGGUGUGGAGCGCGUGGCCAAGCCAGCCACCGGCGCAGAUCGGAAUCCGUGCCACGCCGCCGAUAUCCAAGAUGAGCCGUUGGGUAUUGGCCACCUAUUGACUGAGGUUGCGGAUGCUUUGGGGAAGCGCUUCGGACCUGCCUCGUCAGUUGGACAGAUUAUGGAUGAAAUUGUUUCCGCGUUCAUUUACCGACGGAAUCCCGUCGUCCUGUGCGUGGCCUGUGGGGAAACGGGGGAGCACGGCGGAUGUGUUCGGUCCAAUGACCGGCGGUAUUGA